AUGGUCAAUUGCUGCGAAACGGUUAGGAAACUCGUGUGGGCUUUGUCGGUUUUGUCAUCGGACGAUGUGUGGCUUUUUGGACGUCUUGGUGACAAGUUGGCCGAGCGUCAAGAGGAACUUUCCGGUGCCGAUGUUGCAACCAUUGCCUUCGCAUACCAACGAGCUGGUCAAACCCAUUCACUGCUUUUCCGCGCUUUGGCCAAGCGGUUGCCCUUUUGCACGCUGACGGCAGCAGGGGUGGCGAAGCUGGCAGCUGCCUUCGCAGGUGUUGGUUUCGACGUGCAAGUGAGUCAAGGCGUGUUUGGGGAGCUGCUGUCCCAAGCAACGAAGGAAAUCGAUCACUUUGAAGCACAGGACCUGGUGAAUCUGCUGCACGCCACGGCCACAAUCACGAAGACCUUGGAGGUCGAAGUCCAAGGAUUCCUCGAAGCUGCCUCACGGAGGUGUGAGGCAUUGUGCGCAGUUUCGCAAGCGCAAAGAGACCUGCUUCUUCCCAAAGACCUUUGCAGCUUCGCUUGGUCCUUUGCACAGCUUCAGUGUACAAACGUUUUGCCCACUUUGGCUCGCGCGUGUCUUGACCAUCGAAACUUCCACAGCUUUGAUCCGCGUUUUUUGAGUGGUCAACUCUGUUGGGCCUUCGGUGCAACACGUGUUGAUGAGCCUGAGCUCUUUGAUGCCAUCGCUCAAGAAGUGAUGAGAUCACCCAGUGCUUACCAACCUCGUGACGUUUCAGUUUUGGCAUGGUCAUUUGCUCGUUUGGGUUACCACCAGCCGCUUCUAUUUGAUCGUUUGUGUGGUCGAGCUAUGGGCUUGCUCGAAAAGUUCAACAGCCAGGACAUGGCAAACAUGCUUUGGGCCUUUUCUCAUGUUGGCAUCAUCGCCCCGUCCGUUUUCACCAAAGCGGCACCGUUGAUUCGACAGAAACUGUCAACUUAUCGUCUGCAGGAGCUGGCGUUAGUGGCUUGGGCUUUCAACAGCCAGCUGGACCAAGCGCAACAUGUCAGGAAGAGAAUGACGAGUCCUUCUUGGCAGCGAUUGUGUUUGGAUUCGAUGAUGCUGGGGUGGUGGAUAGCGGCAGACUUGAGGCGAAGGAGGCUUCCUGUAAGUCCUGCACGAGAUGUGAAAGCAGUGCUGAGGCAGCUCAGGUCGUUGGGUGUUCUGGAUGUAGACACUCUUUCCCAAGCUCGUGCCGAGUUGGGUCGGUCUUCCGCAAAGUUAACAAAGGCAAGUCUAGGUCCAAGCCAAGGGGCCGGUGAUGUUCGCAGCUGUGAUGGGGAUGGAGAUCACGCCCGCGAUGAGCCUCGUGUCGUCCUGGAUUUGUUGGAGGAAGCAGUUAUCUACAAACCCAAAGGCUGGGAGGUGGAGCCCACAGCUGGCUGUGCCCACAAACAGCUUUCUGACUUUGUGCAGCAAACGAUGCCGGAAAAUGUGAUGAACUCCGACGCAACAAAUUCCUAUGGUUUCUUGCAUCGUUUGGAUGUGGUGACCAGUGGUCUGGUUCUGAGGGCAAAGAACUACAGGGCCUACCACAAUCUGGAUUUUCAGCUAAUGGAGGGCAGCAUUGAUCGAGAGUAUCAAGUUCUUUGUCAUGGCUUCUGGUCACGAGUUGCUUGUUGCUUGGACUUGCCCGUCUUUGCCUUGAAGGGUGCUGUGACUCGCCGGAGCCAAGUGGCGACACCGGGAGCACGUCCGGCGAGGAGUGACGUCAAGGUCUUAUCCCAUUUGAGUUUUGGAUCGAGAGCUCUCAGCUUUGCUCAUAUAUCCAUCCAGACAGGACGCCGCCAUCAGAUUCGAGCCCAAGCAGCACAUGUCGGCCAUCCUGUAGUAUCUGACAGCUUUUAUACGACUCCAAGCACCUUUGCUGACGACCAGACACUAUCUGCUGAUUGCUUCCUCCAUCGCUACCGCUUGUCCUUCACCGAUAUGUCGGGCGUGCGGCGAGAAGUGUUUAUGCCUCUUCCUCCUCACUUAUCUGCUGCUUUGAAGUCAGCAGAAGCGAAAGACCCACGGAAUGCUGAUUUGCGUUUGAAGCCAAAGAGCUUUGCAGAAACCAAAGAAUUUCGCAGACGGGGCAGGGAUGCCUCGGCUACGACGUUUCUUUUUGGCAGUUUUCAGAGCCAGAAGGACCACAAUGUUUUUGGUGAAGAGGUCGAAGAGUGGAACUCAGACUGUCCUCCAUUUUUGCCCGAUGGUCGCUCACACAAGCAUGGUUUCUGCCGAAAACUCGACCCAGUGAAACAGGAUUUCUAUCCUCCGGCAAAUCCUGAGCCACGGCCGGGAGUUCAGCCGACAGCAGUUCAGCCGACAGCUCCCCAAAAACCAAGAGUUCCCGUUGAAAAGCCUCAAGUUCCCUUUGAGCUUCCUGCUCAGACUAUACGAGAGGAGCAAAAACUUGUGGUGCAGGAACCUCAAGUACCAUUCACAGCGCAGAGUCCGCAGAAAACUCAGGCGACUGAGGCGACACUGAAGAUGACGAGACAACAACACAAAGAGAUGAAACAUAAAGAUAAGAUCCAACCGCCAUUUGUAGGGCCGGAGGCUGCAGAAGAUGUAUCCCCAGCGCCAUCCGCAGCACCUGCACCACCUGUGGAAGUUGACCCUGGUGAACCCCGGCCACCACUCAUUGUUGAGCAAAAAACUUCAGCACCGAGCAAAGGCCCAGAGAUUGGAAUUGUUGAAGAUGACCCAUCCCCAGAGGAAGAGUUGCUGGAAGCUGACCCAGAGGCAAAGAAGCUUUUGAACAAGCUGACCGAGGAGGGUGUGCAGCUGGAGGAGCAGAAAGCGAUGGAGCAAUUUCUGCCGAAGAAUCCGCCUGGAACGCCAAAGCCGGAAGACCAAGAACCCUUUUGGCCACCGCGUGGUGGAACUGCACCUCCAAUGCAACCGAUCCCUCCAAGGCCUGGAGAGCCCGAUUACAACUAUGGCUGGACACCUCCAGCAGGACGCGUGCCUUACAGCCCGCCUUGGCCCGGUGGUGCUCCGCUCACUGCUGUCGAUCGUGCUGAGGCUGUCGCAGCUGAAGUGGGAAAUGAAGCCAGUGCUGCAGCACAUUCGGUGGAGGAUGCUGCAGAUGCCCUGCUCAACACACCCAUGUGA